AUGAUUUCAUAUUAUUUUCGUUUUGGGAAUAACUUAAAGUAUUUCUUGACUGUAACAAUAACUGCUUUUUUAACAUCAACUUGCGUUUCAUUAGAAAAAGAUAAUAUUCUGCCAAUUUAUUAUGAAUCUAAAAUUGGAUUAAAAUUUCCUGAGUCAGUUAUUGAUCUUGCAUGUUUAGCAAACACUUUUCCAUCGCAAUUGAAACAAAAACAAGAUGAAAAUAAUAUAUGUUUUUCUCAUAUAUUAAAAAACUAUACAGAAAUAAAACAAAUUCAUAAUUUAUUAUACGAUGAUAUUGAUCAAUCAUUUAUUUCAAAUACAUACCCAUCAUUAGAAAUUAAAGGAUUACAUUUAAAAAAUAUUGAUCAAGAUAAUAAUCAAUAUGUAUUUAUUAUUAUACGUCAUCAAGAACAUAAUUCUAUAUUAACAGAUGAAAUGAAUGAAAUGAUGAGUUUAUUUGGAUCAGCAGCAACAGUUGAUCGUCAACAAGGUAAUAAAGAAUUAUUUGGUACAUCGAUUGUUUCAUCAAUGAUUCGUUUUAUACGUCAGCAACUUGGUCUUGAUUAUUUGCCACAAGCUAUUUCAAUGUUUAAUAAAAUUCAACUAAAUUAUAAAAAUAAAGAUAAUAUUAAAUAUAUAUUCAGUGGUUUUAGUUCAGGUGGUUUAUAUGCUAUUGUAUUAGCUUUAUAUUUUAAAUGGCCAGCAAUUACAUUUUCUUCGACAGGUGCUGAAGAUAUUAUUAAUAUUUAUUAUUCAAAUUUAUUUACAGAUACAGAUAAACAAUCAACAAUACCGUCUAUAUUUAAUUUUGCACAUCAAUUAGAUAAUAUUCCACAAUUAGAUUGUCAAUUAGGUACUAUAUGUUUAUUUAAGCCUGAAAAUCUUGAAAAACAACAAAAGUUAACUGAACAAGAAGUUCAAUUAUUACAUUUAAAUACGAUAUUUGGUCAAUCUGGUCCAGAUAUAAUACAAUGGCUUCGCCAACCGGAAAGAUGGAUGUGUACAACAUCUGACAAUUAUAAUUCAUUAUAUGGCAGUUGUAAACGAGAACGAUUAAGAUGGAAAGAUAGAAUGAAAUUAAAUUCUAACAAUGAAAAAAAGCUUAACCAAGAUUUGUAA